UCCACCGGGGCAAAUGGGCGCGUUGGCCGCCCGUGACCACGCCCUCGCAGACACGUUGUCUCGGGAGAAACAACACGGGCUCAGCUCGUUGGGUCGCGAGACCUCCGCAUUCGCUCCACUCACGUACGGCACGUCUGCUCAGCUCCCGGUCCGAAGACGAGCUCCGUUCCCCUCGCCGAACAAAGGAACAGGACCGGUCCGCUCCACAGAGGAAGGAAGGAAGGAAGGAAGGAAGGUCAGUGAUGGUCAAUGGUAGUUAAAACCUGCCGCCAAGGAUGUCUGCUACUGAUUCGGACAACUCCAUCGACUGGCUCGCGAGUGACACUGAGGACAGCACCAGCGAACAGGAGUCAGAGAGGACCUACGACCAGUCAGGUGCCCCUCCAACUGACAGCCGCUGGAGCCAUGAGGCGUCCACACGGGGGUCUCCCUCCAGCUGUAUGGAAACAUGGGGCAGGAAUGCCAUUGAACUGUGUAAAACACAACAAGGCGAGAUGAUGAAGCGACGCCGCAGCUUCACAGAGGAGGAGGGAGGACGAAUCAUUUCCAGUCAGUCCGAGAAGGAACGACUUUUCACCCGAAAGUGUAUUGAGCUCCAAUGCUACAUUCAACCACUGUCAUCAAUCUUGAAUGGCCUUCGUUCAGGGAGAUACAGAGAAAGACUCAGCGGUUUCCAAGAGAGUGUUGCCAUGGACAGAAUCCAAAGGAUCCUGGGUGUUCUACAGAAGCCCUACUUGGGGGAGAAAUACAUUAGUAUCAUUCUUAAAAUGGAGGAAAUGCUGAAAAGUUGGUUCCCUAAUGUAAAACCCCUCCACCAACUGGCCGUCACCCACACAGAAGAAGGCGUUCCUGCCAAGAAACUAAAGCUUUCCCAUGCGACACCAACUGCAGCAGUGAGCCCCGUCACCAUCGCCGAUACUCUGGUGGCAGCCAAACCUCUUCGGGUCACCGACCUCACACCUCCCGGAGCUUACUCAGCAAACAAUCUGAAAUGGCUUCACACGUCCCCCAUCUGCUCCCCAACAGCAGAGCAGGCCCAGGCCGCCCCCCGGAACAUGGCGACCCCUAGAGACUUAACGCAGGACAGUGCCGUGUCCUCCACCACAGACAGCCCCGCAAACACAGACUCCACGCCCAAAGGUCCUCCGCAGGGUAAAAUCAACGCGCCUUGUCUAGAGCGCCUCCUCAAGUCGACGGAAAGCAUCAUCACCCGCAAGAAGACAUCAGAUUUGAUGAACAGCAGCUGGUCCUAGUCAAUAUGGCGGGGGCUGCUUACCCUGCAGCCGAGUCUUGACUACCAGCGAGGCCAGUUUAGCUCGCUUCACUCAUUCCAGCCUUCAGGGGAGACCUGAGCCUCCAAAAGGGAUGCGACAGGUUUACUUUUUAGUGUGAAAGACAAACAUGUUGUAUUCUGUGUGUGGGAAUGUGCCCUCUCUGACAUGACAAGUGUCUGAUAUAUUUCCCUUUGUUGACUUUUUUUGGUUGUUGUUGUUGUUGUCGUUUGCACUCUUUGGUAGCGUUUUUGACGGCGGGGAGGAGAGCAAUUUCACCCUAACUGGAGCGACGUCCCACUGUAGAUCCGAUGGUUCCGUUUCGUGUAAGCGCCAUUUUGCCUGAGAGGUGAAGGAAGUCAAACAUAUUGUUGUGCUGAAAUGUGACAUUAUUUUCGUCUCCUUUUAAUGACUCCGCUCUGUUAAGUUUAUUUUUGGGACUGUUACUAAUUUUCAUACUUUGAAAAUACUUUGUCUUUUUUGGUACAACUGUUCUACCUCAGAGGGCGUCACAUCACAGUUGACGAGCAUGCGUAGGAAUGUAAAAGCAUUGCUCGCCCUCUCUGGACACCUCAGCGGAUCUGCAGUGAACCCGAUGGUAACAAACUGAGCUCUGAAGCACGAGAUUCCCUGCACAGGGAUGAGUCCCACCACAGGGAUCCCUCUCGCGGUGCCAUUUUAAAGAAUGUCCACUUUGAGUUUCCCAGUAGAAGGCAAACAGUGCCUGUAAUGUCAUGCUGUGCCUGCACGCCGCUUCUAAUAAAGCAAGUGAAGUCUCGGGAUUUCCUGCGGCAAGGCUGGAUUGUACAAGUCAGGAAUUGUCACUCUCCUGCCAUUCAUUCUCUUAGAAAGCGUAAAUUAUUCAGUUUUUGCCAACCUGUUUCUGUGGUAGAGUAGAACAAUUUGUGUUUUGCCACAGAACUGAGGCAGUAUGUUAAAACAGCAGAGGACAAGGUUUUUCUCUUUGUAAGCCUGACAAGACAGCUUAUUGAUUUACUCUGAAAAGUGGCCUUUAUAGUGUGAAAUUUUAUACUUUCAAAAUAAAUGUGUGCAUAUUUGUUCAA